UUACCCCUGAGGUUCUGGAUCAACAUCCUGAAGAACCCCCAGUUCAUCUUUGACGUUCAGGCAUCAGACCAUGUGGAUGCUGUGCUGUCUGUCAUAGCCCAGACCUUCAUGGACUCCUGUACCAUCGCAGAGCACAAGCUGGGCAGGGUGAGCAAACACAGGGAGAGGAGAACUUACGGAGGAUGCUAAGGGGGAACGGAAGGUCUAGCAGAAAAUAAGGGAGAGUAGAGAUGCCAGGGGUUUUGAAAGAAAGGAUACUAGAUAAAGAACGAGAGCAUGCAGGUUCUAAACAUUCAUGUAACCAUACUGUGUUUUGAGUAUAACAUGUACAUUUUUCCCCCUCUAGGACUCUCCUAUCAACAAGUUGUUGUAUGCCAGAGAUAUCCCACGGUACAAGCAGAUGGUAGAGAGGUGAGAAUACGCCAGGCUCUUGCCCUCCUGACCCUGGGUGUGAAAGACUGGCAGAGCAGAGAGGGCACAGCCAAUGUGUCCGUGCCAUGCAGCGGCCACACUGAGCCUGCAGGGCUUCUUCUACGGAGAGUCUGUCUGGCAGCACGCUGCACACACCAUUGCUGUAGCUAUACACUAUGGUUGAGGGAACUCAGUCAGACAAAUUAUAUUGUAGUCAUUAGCAUGAAAUGGAUUUCGUAAAGGAAACACCAUGUAUUCGUUUAACCAUUUAUUAGAAAAGAUUAACAAUACAUUAGGUCUUGGGAAUUGGCUCUGCUCCUUCAGGGUAGCUCAAUGCCAGAGCAAAGCUUCACUAUAUAAUAAAAUAACUACAGGCAGUGAGCAGGGUAUUAUAUACCACUCCCCCUGCAGGAAGGAAAAUGGAACCAAAGAGGUGGAGGCUGGGGUGGUGAUGGUGGGUAGCAAGAACAAGCAAACUCAUACUAGCAGUAGCAGAAAGCGGCAGAGGAUAUGUGAGCAGAACCUGGUCAGUUUAAAUAGACCGCCAUAUUAAGUAUGAAGUCUUAGCAUCUGAUCUGCACCAGUCUCAGGCAGGUUAGCAUUUUUCGUCAUUAAUCUUGUUCUGGAGGCAGCGCUGCUGUGGUCACUAGCUGACAAAAAGCUAAUUUUUGUUUUCAUUAAUUUGUACAAUAAAGCUGGCUCAUAUUGCGGAAAUCGCUCAGAUCUACCUCAAGGACAAGACUCAUCCAAAUAAACAUCAACCUGCCAAUCUCAGCUGAUGCAUAUAAUUGGGUUUCCCUUCUGAACCAGCUUCGCUUUAUGAAUGAGUGGUGUAUGAGUGUAUAGCAUAUGGAUUUUAUGAAGGGUGCACUAAUCUGAGAUUUCCAUUCCCUCUCUACUUCUGUCUCUCUUUUCAGAUACUAUGCAGACAUCAGGCAGACCAUUUCUGCCAGUGACCAGGAAAUGAAUUCUGCUCUUGCAGAACUGUCUCGAGUAUGUAACAUAAUUUUUUUUUUUAACUACACCGUGGUGCAUGUUUGAGGUUCAUUUCCUGCUGUAGGCGUUUUCCGUUUAAUCUUUGGUUGUUUUUACAUAGAGCACUUAGAAGUUAUGAACCAAAGUUUUAGUAUUUCCACCUUUCUUUACAGAAUUAUGCUGGUGAGGUGAACUACCUUGUGGCCCUGCAUGAGCUGUACAAGUACAUCAACAAGUACUACGAUCAGGUGAGUCCAACAUUUCUAUCCAUUGGUUUUUGAGGCCCAUGCUUGUAAUUUCUAUUUGAUGUCAAGCUAGUUGAGAUGAACUUAACCUGUUAUUGGUACUGUCUCCUUCCAGAUCAUCACUGCUCUAGAGGAGGACCCUACAGCUCAGAAGAUGCAGUUGGGCUACAGGCUCCAGCAGAUCGCGGCUGCCGUGGAGAAUAAAGUCACAGACCUAUGA